AUGGAAGCGAAACCACGUGAUGGGUGUUCUGUAACCAUACCGCAACUGCUUGGCAAUGAUGAGAAGCAGCAUAAGCUUAGGUUGGAAGAAGCUGAGGGAGUGGAUUCAAUAGGUUGCCACUCCAUUACAGGCACAACCUCCUUCUUCAAGACCUGUUUUAAUGGUCUCAACGCUUUAUCAGGCUUGUUAAUUCCAAGGUGUAUGGAUAUAGAUACAUCUAUAAGAAGCUAUCCUGAUAUCGGCGAACGAGCAUUUGGUACAAAAGGAAGAAUUUUUGUAUCCUUUAUCAUGAAUUCUGAACUCUACUUGGUUGCAACAAGUUUCCUAAUUGUAGAAGGGGAUAAUCUGUGUAACUUAUUUCCAGACAUGGGAGUUCUUGAAAUUUUCGGGCUUAGAAUUGGUGGAAGACAAUGCUUUGUUCUAAUUGUUGGCCUCAUUAUACUCCCAACUGUUUGGUUAAACAGCAUAAGCUUUCUCUCAUAUAUCUCUGCCACUGGAGUUUUAGCUUCUUUCCUCAUCCUCGAUUCGAUUUUGUGGGCUGGCGCGCUUGAUGGCAUUGGAUUUCAAGAAAAUGGAAUGCUUCUGAAUUGGAAUGGAAUACCUACCUCUGUUAGCCUAUUCCCGUUUUGUUAUUGA